CUUGCUGAUAUAGUUCAUCUUCAAACAGCUAAAAUAAUGCAUAAGGCUAAAAAUAACCAAUUAGCUAAAAAUGUCAUCCAAUACUUCUCUACAAGAGAGGAGAAAUAUGAUCUCAGGGAAGAAGUACAUUUGAAACACUUCUAUGCUAGGACUACGUUAUGCUAGCCAUAGCAUUUCAGUAUGUGGAAUCAAACUAUGGAAUGGAUUGAGUAAGGAAAUCAAACAAUGCACAACGAUGAGCCAAUUCAAGAAACAAUACAAGCAGUUGAUGUUUGCUAAAUCCAAGGAUGAAGAGUCUUGAACCAGUCAUGAUGUGCUAUAUAUAUCACUAUAUUGACACGCACUAUGGUACACAUUAUGGCAUUGGAUGCUCAUAUCACCCAGUACUUUGCUAUGGGACAAAAAAAUUAAAUAAAAUUAAAAAAAAUUUUUAAACCUUAAACUAUAUUAGGAAAGCAGGAAGUGAACAAAUGUAACAGUUAGUGAUUGUAAAAGUACCACAUGGAGGGGUAGGAUUUAAUAAGCUUUGCUUCUUCCUACUCCUUUUGGACAUGUGGAACUGGGAACUGAUUAUGGGAUGCACUCAAUUGGAAUCUGAUGCAUGUUCAAAUGAAAUUAAACCAUUACCAUUACCAUGACCAUGACCAUUACCAUUACCAUUACCAUGACCAUUGAGGGUGAUGACUAGCAUGUGUCCUUCAUAUCCGGUCAUAUGAAACAAUAAAUGAUUUAGCCAGCACAACUGCCGAGCUCAACGUUUGCUGGUUUGUUCCUUCAGAAUAAAACUGAGAGUUGAAAUGUUGAAUGAAAGCUAAACAUGCGCUGUGAACCCAACAUCUCCAAGCAGCUGGAGAUGGAGAUGUUGGGUUGUGGUGCCUGCAGCUGAUUCACAUGGCGCUGUCACAGCUUCACUCUCAUGCUAAUUGUGUGGUGCGGGUGUGAAGUAUGAGCUUCUCCGCCAUAUGAGGCCUCGCUCGGUGCCGCCGUGUUCCAGUGUGAGCAUGACAGAUGAGCUCGGCUGGGCUGGUCUGGUCUGGUCUGGUCUGGUCUGGGGUCCAAGUAACCGUGUGCCUGGGAUUUCAUUGUGAGUGAGAAAGGCAGCAGCAGACGGACAACGAAGGAAGAAAGUGGAGAGUGGAGCAAUGGCGCCGAGGAGGAUGGAGACCAAACCGCUCAUCUUGUGUGUGAAGACGCUGCUGCUCUUCUACUCCUUCGUUUUCUGGGUGACAGGUGUGGUCCUCCUGUCGGUGGGCCUAUGGUGGAGGUUCAUGCUGAGUCCUUACACGUUGCUGAUCUCCAGUGCGCCGUCCAAUGCUCCCAUUGUCCUCACCGGCACCGGAGCUGCCAUUGUUCUCUUUGGGCUGUUUGGCUGCUUCGCCACCUGCAGGGGGCGGCCUUGGAUGCUUAAAGUGUACGCUGUCUUUCUGUCUCUCAUCUUCUUAAUCGAGCUCAUCGCUGGAAUAUCAGGCUUCAUCUUCCGUCACGAGAUCAAAGGCACGUUCCUCACCACGUUCAGCGAGGCCGUGUUGCGAUAUGACGGACGAGGCGACCUGAGUGUGGCUGUGGACGAUGUCCAGCGCAGACUGCGCUGCUGCGGCGUCCACAACUACACGACUUGGUUGGCUAGCGACUACUUCCCAACUGGCGGAAUUCCGGUCAGCUGCUGUGUUGCUUUCUCCGACUGCAAAGAGUCAGACCUGAAGAAUUCCACGCUGGCGGCCCACAAGGUCCACAAGCAGGGUUGUUAUGAAAUCGUGACUUCCUUCAUUGAGAGCAACAUGGGAAUCAUCGCCGGGGUGACCUUUGGGAUCGCCUUCUCCCAGCUCAUCGGCAUGUCCUUGGCCUGCUGCCUGUCCCACUUCAUCCACACCAACCAGUACGAGAUGGUCUGACUCGGCACCGGUGGGAUGUCGCCAUGGAAACCUGCAUCGCGUUCUCUCUUGUGGAAAACACACAAUUGCUAGCUUGUUUGUUAGCAGCGUCCUGGUGAUUUUGGACCAGAAAGCUAAAGUGGAUGCUACAUAUUUGACAUUUACCCUAUUUUCUGGACUAUAAGUCGCUCCGGAGUAUAAGUGGCACAAGGCCAAAAAUGCAUCAUUAGUAGAAAAAAACAUACAUAAGUCGCACUGGAGUAUAAGUUGCAUUUUUUGCGAGUAAUUUAUUUUCCAAACUACUUGACCAAAACAGACAUUAGGUCCUCUUGGAAGGCAAGUUGUAACAAUAAAAGAAUAGAGAACAGGCUGAAUAGGUGUAAGAUAUGCUAACACAAUGCUUAUUCAGCUACACUAAAAAUAAACAUGAACACAAAAGGUGUCCAGUGUUUAUGGAACAUAAACACUUUUUUCAUUUAUAAGUCGCUCUGGAGUAUAAGUCGCAGGAACAGCCAACCUAUGAAAAAAAGUGCCACUUAUAGUCUGGAAAAUACGGUAUAUACAGUGGUGGCCAAAAUGAUUACCUGACUGAUCCGAUAUCCGAUAAUAUUGAUCUUUUUCUUUAGCCUCCAAAACCUGAUUUCAUUUCAUAAUGUUGAUGAAAAAAGCACAACAAAGUCACUUGAGUCCUGCUCUUUUUAUCCACUUUUAACCAAAAUAUUUGGUGUGCCAGGCUGCACGGUGGAUGAGUGGUUAGCAUGCAGACCUCACGGCUAGGAAACCCGAGUUCAAUCCCACCCUCGGCCAUCUCUGUGUGGAGUUUGCAUGUUCUCCCCGUGCAUGCGUGGGUUUUCUCCGGGUACUCCGGUUUCCUCCCACAUUCCAAAAACAUGCUAGGUUAAUUAGCCACUCCAAAUUGUCCAUAGGUAUGAAUGUGGGUGUGAAAUACAUAGAAAUGUAUCAUUAUAUUACAGUAAAUAUUAUUUUAUUACAAUACGCUAACUAUUUCCGCAGUUUUUGAAUGUUUAAUCUCCUGGCUGAUUUGGCCGAAUUGUAGGCGGGACCAAUGUUGGUCCCGCCUACAAGUGUUGUUUAAUUACUUCCAUCCACUCCUAACAGUUAGAGUACCUACAGUACUUCUAUCGCUAUUCUCACACACUUCUCUUGCUCUGUUGUUGACGUUCUUCAUUAUCCUCAUCCUCGUUAGCGGCACGGCUCUGCAGCUUCUUAUUAUCCAAAUAGCUUUAGUGGGCUAUCUUUAGCACGACAAUGCUAGCUGCUUAGCACCAUGCUUCAUCCUUCCUUCAGCACCACGGCCCAGACGGUUGGUGGCCCGCGUGCUCGGAGGGAUGCCUCUCAGCUGGAGGAGGAUUAGAAUAAUAAUAUCAUAUAUCAUAUUAACAAUAUCAUUAUUAUUAUAUAUAAUCUAUGUAAUAUAUAUAAAUAUAUACAACAUAUAAUAAUAAUAAUAAUUAUUAUUAUUAAAAUUCAGGAUUGAAGUGAAAGCAGGGGAUAAAGGAAGACCAAACUUUUAAUGUGUGGUGUACACACAAGACUUUAAUACAAGUAUUAAUUCUCAUACUUUUCAU